CAAACGGUAAAACAGCAACUGAGCAUUGCUUAUCGCUCGAUCAUUAAUUUUUCCCCCUUAUUGUUUUGUAUGCGUACUCUAUAUGUCUAUAUGUGCCUAUAAUGUCCGCGUAUUCGGAAUGAAUGUGAAUAUUGUUGGUAGCCCUGACAUCUCCAUCUCUCUCGCACUCAUUGUCGCGUAUCCAUUGUAAAAUUUGACAAUUUGUGGUAAAGUGGGUGUUACCGUUUAAACAGUAUCGAGCAAUAGCUGAUGAUUCUCUGAACGAAUAUUGAAAGUCAUCGGGAUUUUGAGAAAAUUAGAUUUAGUUCAGUAGCAGCAGUAUUGAAUAACCAUGGACGCGUUUGGAGAUAAUUUUGUUAACACCGAGCUGGAGGUUGAUCCAGCUGCAGAAUUCCUGGCUCGAGAGCAGGAUCAGUUGGCUGGACUCGAGGUUGAGAUUCCCCCAGUUGCUGCUGCUGUACCGACCCUUGAAGAUGAGCCCACUACUGUAAAGGCCAGUAGCGAGGAAGAUGGUGGAAGCUUUGAGAUGAUCAAUACAAUUGAUCAAAAGCCGGAACCAGUUACAGAAGGAAAUCAUACUCCUUCGCCUGCACCAGUCAAAGAGGAGCCAGAAAAGAUAAGAAAAUGGAGAGAGGAACAAAAGGCUAGGCUAGAGGAAAAGGAUGCAGAGGAAGAAAAGAAAAAGGAGGAGUGGAAAGAGGCUGCAAAGAAAGAAUUGGAAGAGUGGUACAAGCACCAUGCUGAGGCUAUCAGUAAAACAAAAGCAACAAACAGGAACGCCGAGAAACAGUUUGUUGCGGAAGCUGACGAGAUCGAACCAGGUACCGAGUGGGAACGCAUUGCCAAGCUCUGCGACUUCAACCCCAAAUCGUCGAGAACCUCCAAGGACGUUUCCAGGAUGCGUUCCAUUAUUCUACAACUCAAGCAAAAUCCACCUCCACCAGUCAAGGCUUGAUUUGCCCGAACUAAGCCUAGCAGUAUAAGCGAUUUAGACACGGUCAUGUGUAAAUUAAAUUGCUUUCAGUCGGCGAAUCAUAAUCUUGCUCUACAGAUCAUCAAGUUAUCUAUAUUAUAUAUAUAUGCAAAUAUUGACUUUUUAGGGAUGUGUAUUGAUGAAAGAGAUUAUAUAAGUAAGAUAAUAAGCUUAAUAAAGGUAAACUGUUAAUCCAGAAAAUAAGCUUAUUUUUUCUUAUUACAGACUAAAAACUAUAAUUCGCAUAAUAAAUUGUGCACCCACACA